GAGGCGCUGCUGGCUGGGGGUUUCAAGAAGAGUGAGUGUGACCCCAGCCUGUUCCUGCUGCAGGAGAAGGACGAAAUCCUCAUGCUCUUGGUGUAUGUGGAUGAUAUCCUUCUCUUUUCUGCAUCAACUGCUUUGCUGGACAGCGCAGAGCAGAUGCUGGAGAUGCAGUUCAAGUGCUCCAAGAUGGGUGAGGUGAAGUACUACCUGGGGAUGCAUGUGGAGAGAGAUGUGGAGAAGGGUGUGCUGAGGUUGCACCAGAGGAAGUACUGUGAGGGGCUGGCUGAAAAGUAUGGGCUGCAAGAUGGGGGAAAGCCAGCAACACCACUACCUUCGGGGUUUACUGUGGAGCCAUGUGCUGAUGAGGAGGUAGUGGGUGAGAGUGACAGGAAGCUGUUUCAUUCGAUGGUUGGGUCGCUGAAUUAUGCUGCAAAUCAUACACGGCCUGACAUUGCAUUUGCUACAUCACGACUGGCUAGCGUGGUCUCACGCCCUAGUCAUGAGCAGCUGGAAGCGGCCAAGAGGUUGGUCCGCUAUGUGAGUGCUACGGCAUCAGUGGGAUUGGAGUACAGUGGAAUGAGGCAGCGGUUGCAGAGAGGUGCUGCAGAUGUGAAGAGUGGUGAGAUGCUCUUGAGUUGCUAUACUGACGCUAGCUUCAACUCAGUGAAAGCGGAUGGCACCAGCAUUGGGGGUUAUGUGUGCUUGCUGGGAGGUGGUGCUGAGGAGCCGACAGUUGUGUUCUGUGACAAUGAGUCUGCAGUGAAGCUGGCCAAGAAUGCUUGUCUGCAUGGGCUGACAAAACACAUAAGGCCUAAGUGGCAUUGGGUGAGGAGAAUCCUUGAAAAGGAGGUGCGGCUGGAGAUAGUGAAGACCCAUCAGCAGGCAGCAGAUAUUUUCACUAAGCGUCUGGCGGAGGCGGAUCAUUGGAAGGGCAUGAAGCUUGCUGGGAUGAGUGUGCAUUGAGUAUGCAUGCUUGAGAUGUGGUAUGGUCGAUGAUGGUUGGCAGCCAGAGGGGGAGAUUGUUGUGUGAUGUCAUCAUAUGCUAUCACAUUCUGUCUGCCUCCCAUCCCAUGUUUUUUCAACUUGCAUGUGUGGUUUGAAUGUGCAAGCAUUUGUGUGGUGUGUGUUCUGGAGUUUGGGAAUGUGUUCUGUGUUAUUUUUUGUUUGAGCAGGUAUUUGUGAUGAUAGAUCUUGAGAAGAUCUUUCUGACGCAACAAGAAUCGCUUCAAUCGGAGCAAGAACGCGAAAGCUAUGAAGAUUCAAAGUUCAUGAGCUUGCGUUACAAUUGCGGCGGUUACUAAGUGAAGUUGUGGGGUGACUUUAUAUGGAGUUGGGACCUUUGGGGU